AUGUCGCACUUUCUAAGGGCCAAGCAGGCUGGCAUUCAGAAGGAUUUCUCAGAGGGCCUGUCGCCGGAUCUGUUUGCUCUCGACGAUUUUGCCCGCUACGGCGUCAAUUCCCAGAUCAGUGCUAUCGCCUACGAUCCCGUCCAGUCCCUCCUUGCCAUCGGUACCAGCGAUACACAAUUUGGAAGUGGGCAGAUCUAUGUCUUCGGCCAGCGCCGGGUGUCGGUCACCUUUUCGCUCCCCCGAAAGGCGUCGGCCAAGUUCCUCCAGUUUUGCGCCAAUAAACUCAUAAGCGUGGACUCCAAGAGCGAAAUCUCGGUCUAUUCCCUGGAAACGCGACAAACCCUCUUCUCUUAUGCUCCUCCGAAUCAUGUCAGCGCGGUAUUGACCGAUCCGAGCCUGGACUAUGCAUUCAUUGGUUUACAAAAUGGUGACAUCAUCGCUUACGACCUCGACCGCGAGUCUCUGACGCCUUUCAAAAUCCCCAACCUCUGGGCCUCGCGCAACCCAAGAGCCCGAUUUUGCCCCGUCCUUGCGUUAUCCUUCUCGCCCCGCGAUAUUGGAAAGAUUCUUGUUGGAUAUCCUGAAGGUGCUGUGACGUUCUCUUUUAAACAGAACGUCGCACAGAAAUACUUUGAAUAUGAGGUCCCCCAAGGCGCCUUCGGUGGAAACGGCGAGGUCCCGGCACACGAACCGCGCAGGCCGAGGUUGACCCAGGCCCUGUGGCAUCCGAAUGGGAUCUUCAUCCUGACUGUUCACGAUGAUAACAGCCUUGUCUUUUGGGAUACAAAGGAUGGACGUAGGAUCAUGGCCAGAUCGAUCCAAGAUGCCAACAUCGACCAGCCGGGCGCUGGCCCAGAACGACCACUCUCAUCCGGUGGUGCUGUUGGUCUGAAGGACCCUAUUUCUCGUGUUGCUUGGUGUGUCAAGGAGAAUGGCGAUGACAGCGGGCUGUUGAUCGCCGGUGGUCGCCCGAAAGCCGAGUCCAACAAGGGACUUACGUUUUUGGAUUUGGGCCCGACUCCCAAUUAUCAGACGUCAUCCUGGGCUAUUCUUUCUCGAUAUUUCGAGACACCACGACAGAUUAUGAACCUCCCGACUCCACCGGGUGCGGAGGUUGUCGACUUUUGCCUUAUCCCGCGAGCCUCUCCUUACUACGCUGGCUGCCAUGACCCCAUUGCCCUUAUCUCUCUACUUUCCUCGGGCGAAUUGAUCACUAUGAGUUUCCCGAGUGGCCAUCCGAUCACCCCUACGAAUAUGCUUCAUCCCUCCCUUUCAUUUGUUCAUCCCUUCGUCAACAAAAUAGUUUUGACGCCCGUGGACCGCUCUGCUUGGUUGGGCUUGAAGGAGAGGCGAUCGCAAGGACCAAAGUUCCUUCUCGGGGGCGCAGAAGCGCAUAAGACCCUCAAGCGAUUUGAACAUCGCAGCAUAAUCACAACAGCACAUGCGGACGGUACUGUUCGUCUGUGGGACGUGGGCCAUGACGACGAGAUUGAAAAUGGCGACGUCAUCCAGGUCGACUUGGCUCGUGCUGUUGGCCGAGUCGGCGGGAUUGAAGUGACUGAGAUGGCUCUGGGUGGUUCAACUGGCGAGCUUUCGGUUGGUCUCCGGACCGGCGAGGUUGUGGUAUUCAGAUGGGGCAACAAUCGAAGCUUUGGCAACGAGGGGCCUGCUGGAGCCAAUGAAGGGGCAGGAAAAUUGACUAACAUCACUCACCGGACCGAUCCUGGACUCAAACAAGGAAUUCUUCCUCUAACCCUUUUGAACAUGCAGCAGGGCCCGGUCACUGCUUUGAAACACAGCCAGGUUGGUUUCGUCGCGGCGGGCUUUGAAGGCGGCAGCUUGGCCAUCAUCGAUUUGCGCGGACCAGCAGUCAUCCACACUGCAACCCUUUCGCAGCUCACGAAACCCAGUAAACGGAGCAGUUUCCUCAAGUCCCGUUCUCCGGAGGAAGCGCCCCCAGAGUGGCCUACAAGCAUUGAAUUCGGUGUAAUGACCUUGGAAGGCGAGGACUAUUCAAGCAUUUGCUGCUUUGUCGGCACGAAUCGAGGAAAUUUCGCUACCUUUAAGAUCCUUCCGGGCAGCAAUGGAGCCUAUGAGGCCUCGUUUGCUGGCUCAAUCCCAUUAGAUGAUAAGGUCAUCAAGAUCAAUCCCAUUGAUGCAGAAAGCGGCGAGCUUGCUCUAGCUACUCCAAAUGCGGUUUCUGGCCUGAGGAAUGGCAAUAGAACCAACGGCGUUGUCCUCGCUGUGACUGUUUCUGGCUGCCGGAUCUUCAAACCUGCUACAUCCAAGGGCGCCCAUAAGUCUUGGGACGAUUUUCUGUGUGACUCGGCUGCCGUGGUCAAGAUGGAAGGUCGGGGUUAUAGCUUGGUUGGACUAUUUGGCGAUGGCAACACGCGAGCUUUCUCCAUUCCAGGUCUCAAAGAGAUUGGGUGCAGCGCCAUCAACAACAUGGUGGAUAUGAGACGUCUCUCAGAAGCCACUGUUUCUUCCAACGGCACGACCCUGGUUUGGACGGGCCCCUCGGAGAUAGGGCUGUUCAGCGUGUGGGGAUCUGGAAUUCCCUUGAAACGUUCGGAGGAUCAACUUUUCAAUGUCCAAGCUGUCAUUCCCCCACGACCUACUAUCACAAACAUUCAAUGGAUAUCCGGCACCCAAUAUGUUUCUCCCGCGGAUAUGGACAUCCUUAUCGGAGGCCCCGAUCGUCCUCUCUCCAAACGGAUGCAGGAGCAGAUGCGCCUCGAUGACCAGGAAAGGCGACGAACCGAAAGAGAAGGAAGAUCCGCAUCCAGCCAAGCUCCGCAAGGCAAUGAAGAGGGGUACUUCUCCUACAUGCAGCGCCAAGUGCAGGAGCGCACCGAAAGAAUUGGAACGGCCGGAGACCAGAUGGAGCGUUUGGAGGAAAGCAGCAGCGGCUGGGCCCGUGACGUCAACAAAUUUGUCUCGAAUCAGAAGAAGAAAGCCGUCCUUGGUGUACUGGGAUCUAAAUUUGGGUUGUAA